AUGAAGCAAGAGGUUGGUAGAUUUUCUGUGGCUGACUACAUCGUGUUUUCCGCCACCCUCCUGAUCUCCGCGGCCAUUGGAAUAUUCUACGCCAUCAAGGGGCAGACCAGCACCAAACAGUUCCUGAUGGCAGACAGGAGCAUGAAGUAUCUGCCCAUCGCCCUGUCCGUUCUGGCAUCGUUUUUCUCCGCCUCAACGCUGCUGGGCACGCCAGCAGAAAUCUAUCAGUACGGGACGAUGUACUGGGUGUGUGUCUUUGGUUCAGUUUUCGCGCCCCUGACCGGCGCCUUGCUGUUUGGUCCGAUGUUCUUCAACAUCAAAGUCGUCAGUGUUUUUCAGUACUUAGAACUUCGGUUCCACUCUAAGCUUGUGAGAUUGUUUGGGGCUUUCAUUUUCCUGCUCAGAGCGACUAUUGGUAUGGGGAUUGUUUUGUAUGGACCAUCAACAGCGUUAAGUGCAGUGACCGAGUUUCCCACCUGGGCUGUGAUUGUCGUGGUUGGAGUCGUCUGCACAUUUUACACGAGCAUCGGCGGGUUGAAGGCCGUCAUCUGGACAGACGUGUUCCAAACCCUGGUCAUGUUGGCGGGGAUGGUGGCGGUGCUCAUUAAGGGUUUUCUUGUGUCUGGUGGUGGAGCGGAUGUAUGGGAUGUCAACUACCGAGGCAAAAGGAUCGAGUUCUUCAAUUUUGACUUUGACCCUAGGGUCCGGCAUACCUUUUGGUCCCUGAUCAUCGGCAUCUUCUUCGUGUGGUUGCCCCCCUACACGGUCGACCAACAGAUGGUUCAGCGUUUCUCGUCGGCCCAGUCUUUGAAAGACGCCAAAAUUGCUCUCCUCCUGAACAUCCCCGGGAUGGUCAUCAUGAUAACGUUGUGUUGUCUGACUGGUCUGACACUGUUCGCCUACUACGCCAACUGUGACCCAAUUAAACAGGGUCUAAUCGAUAAUCCUAACCAGCUUCUGCCCUACUUUGUGAUGGAUAUUCUGGGAAGUGCGCCGGGACUUCCGGGUUUGUUCGUUUCCAGUUUGUUUAGUGGCGCCCUCAGUUCAGUGUCCUCCAUGUUAAACUCUCUGGCCGCCGUCACGUGGGAAGACUUCAUGAAACCCUACAUGAAGAAUGUCAAGGACGACAAGGCUACAAAAAUCACUAAAGGACUUGCUGUGAUGUAUGGUGCUUUAGGCAUAGGCGUCGCCUUCCUGGUCAAAGAGUUGGGUGGAACAGUGUUGCAGGCGUCGCUGACGUUGAAUGGGGCUGCUGGAGCACCUCUGGUCGGCCUGUUUAUUCUCGGAUCAUGUUUCACAAGUACCAACUGGAUAGGUGCUCUAGUAGGUGGCGCUCUGGGUCUGGGCUUCUCUCUUUGGUUGAGUGUUGGGACCUACGUGUACAAGCCAAUCAACUUCAAACUACCUGUGACGACAGCGGGGUGUAACCUAACCGGAAACACGUCAGAAACAUUCUCGUUCGCUGACACACCUGAUUACACAAAUUGGACGCGGCCAAGUACCGACAGUUUAAAUGGUUUGGAAAAUCUCUACGGGUUGUCGUACCUUUGGUUCUCUGCCCUUGGCACAUUGUCAUGUGUAGUUAUCGGACUUAUUGUCAGUCUUGUCACAGGCCCAACAAAAGCGUCAGAGGUAGAUCCAUCCCUACAACUUCGACUGUUUCACAAGCUGGCAAAACUGUUCACAUCGCCAUUUUCAUCAAGCUCAUCUGUUUCUAUUGAAGCAACUACGCGGAAGGAAUCGAGAUCUCAGGAUGAACUAGUGAAUGGCACUGACUACAACAUCAAAGGAACUGGUACGAACGUUGAAAGCUACAGCAACAAACAUAUCAGUGGCAACAGUUCAGAUCAGCCGGCCCUGUCUUCAAGACUCUAAGACAUUAAGUCAUAAGACACAACUAGUCAAGUACCCUUUUAGAUGAGAUGCUAGAUACUCUGAACUUCCCCUAGACUCUAAGACAUCUGGUUAAAAGAGAAUUAGUCAAGUACUCUAUUAGAUGAGAUGCUAGAUACUCUGAACUUCCCCUAGACUCUAAGACAUCUGGUUACAAGAGAAUUAGUCAAGUACUCUAUUAGAUGAGAUGCUAGAUACUCUGAACUUCCACAAGACUCUAAGACAUCUGGUUACCAGAGAAUUAGUCAAGUACUCUAUUAGAUGAGAUGCUAGAUACUCUGAACUUCCCCUAGACUCUAAGACAUCUGGUUACAAGAGAAUUAGUCAAGUACUCUAUUAGAUGAGAUGCUAGAUACUCUGAACUUCCCCUAGACUCUAAGACAUCUGGUUACAAGAGAAUUAGUCAAGUACUCUAUUAGAUGAGAUGCUAGAUACUCUGAACUUCCCCUAGACUCUAAGACAUCUGGUUACCAGAGAAUUAGUCAAGUACUCUAUUAGAUGAGAUGCUAGAUACUCUGAACUUCCCCUAGACUCUAAGACAUCUGGUUACCAGAGAAUUAGUCAAGUACUCUAUUAGAUGAGAUGCUAGAUACUCUGAACUUCCCCUAGACUCUAAGACAUCUGGUUACCAGAGAAUUAGUCAAGUACUCUAUUAGAUGAGAUGCUAGAUACUCUGAACUUCCCCUAGACUCUAAGACAUCUGGUUACAAGAGAAUUAGUCAAGUACUCUAUUAGAUGAGAUGCUAGAUACUCUGAACUUCCCCUAGACUCUAAGACAUCUGGUUACAAGAGAAUUAGUCAAGUACUCUAUUAGAUGAGAUGCUAGAUACUCUGAACUUCCCCUAGACUCUAAGACAUCUGGUUACCAGAGAAUUAGUCAAGUACUCUAUUAGAUGAGAUGCUAGAUACUCUGAACUUCCCCUAGACUCUAAGACAUCUGGUUACAAGAGAAUUAGUCAAGUACUCUAUUAGAUGAGAUGCUAGAUACUCUGAACUUCCCCUAGACUCUAAGACAUCUGGUUACCAGAGAAUUAGUCAAGUACUCUAUUAGAUGAGAUGCUAGAUACUCUGAACUUCCCCUAGACUCUAAGACAUCUGGUUACAAGAGAAUUAGUCAAGUACUCUAUUAGAUGAGAUGCUAGAUUAUAUGAACUUCCCCUAGACUCUAAGACAUCUGGUUACCAAAGAAUUAGUCAAGUACCCUGUCAGAUGAUAUGCUGGCUACUCUCUGAUUUCUUACAGGACGUUAGAUGUCUCCUUUGUUUUAAAUUGUAUAUCUACAUCAUAAAGUGUUCUUUCGACAACCUAACGAAGAACAACUAUAAUAUUUGUGGAUUAUUAUUCAAAUUAAGUGUCCCCCCACCACACACACACACACACAAUGUUUUGUUUAAAUAUUUAGUGACGCUAGACACGAAAGUUUUGUGUGCUUUGGUCUUUUGGGUUAAAUUAAAGGAAAAGUGUCACAUUGUAUAUUUUUAUCUCAAAAUUUGAGAAAUUGUUAUUAAACAUUGUAUCAUAUAAUG